UAAAGCUAGCAUCAAUCAAGAACAAGACGUUAAUGGUGAAAAAGCUAAGUCUUGCCACAUCAACUCAAGAGCUAGAAGAGAAGGCAGAAAAUGUGCGGAUUGACGAGAAGUCUGAUGAGGCAACGUUACUUCGUUACAUAAAAUCAGCAAACGCGGUUUACACAAAUGCUGAAUCUGUCUACAAGAAGGGAGAUGAGGAGCAAGCAUACAUCUACUUUGUCAAAUUCUUCCAUGUGUACUCACAACUUCGCAGCACUAUUGCCUAUAUCAAUAAAAACAAGGCAGUUUUGAAAGAAGCAAGUAGGCUGCUCCCUAUAACCAAGUGUAAGACUGCAUUGGAUAGAGCUGAAAAGCUGAAGAAAUCUCUCACAAAGAGAUAUGAUGAGCGAGAUGCAAUAAAGCUAAGAGAGAAGUUGGAUAAGGAAGAAAUGAAGAAGUUAGAGGAGCAGAGAGACAGGGAGUUGGCAGAGUUGGAGAGGUUAAAGCUGGAGGCAGCACAGCCUGCUGUCGACGCAGCUACCCUUUUUAACAGCACUGCCUUCUCAACGCCGUUAGUUCCCCUUGGUCAAUCCGCUAAAGAUAUCAUCCCUAAAGAACCAUACAUCAGUGCCAUAGAAUUAAUGCACAUCAUUGAGGCGAAAAUGAAGGUUUUACUGAUAGACAUACGUACACUGGAGGAGUUCAAGAACAGCCACAUUAUCCAUGAAACUGUUAUUUUCCUUUCCAAGGAUUACCUCGACAUCAACACAAAACUGACCAGCAGUGAAAUAAGGGAGCUGAUUUUGAUGAAGGAGCACAAGUUACUGUGGGACAAGAGAAGUUCACAUGACGUCAUAGUUAUAUUCGACUCAGACAGUCAAUAUAACUCAGUAGCUGAAUUGUCCAAUGCUCCUAUAAACAUUGUCCGAGAGUGUUGUACUGACUGUCUAGACCCUAACUUUAUCAACUCUGAUCUACCUAAGGUUCUGGAUGGAGGAUACGCAUCUUGGGUAUAUCAUUUCCCAAAACACUGCACCAACCCAGAUAGAGCUAGGAAAGUAAAGCCAGCUAAAGCGAAGGUGCGACAUUCAGCACCAGCAUCCUUGCUACCUCUUACUACUGUCAAAGCGGCUGCUAUCUACCCUGAAUUGAACAAAGACACAGAACCUAAACCUUUACCUCCUGUCCUCGCAGUGGAGGAUCUAACACCUACUAUUGAUACAAAUGCAACAGCGGCAGCCUUGGCAGCGGCAGCAGCAGCCUCAGCAGCUAGUCAACAGUCAGUGGUAACAUGUGGCAAUGUUCAGAUCAGUAUGCCUCAGUCGCCCCAAACUAUCCAAAUCAAUCAGUGGAACCAGGAAAAACACGUGAUGCCAACCAGUAGUAUGGUACCUGGACACCAGGAGCUCAGACACAAUAUACCUCCUACCUCCCAGUCAGCACUAUCUUCAUAUCAGACUCCCAGUCCCCCUCCGGUAGAGUUGAGAACCCAUGUUAAACCUAGUAGAAGUGAUGGCAGUCUCAAGAUAACAGAUAUUUACGAAGGUACUCCACCUCCUCCUGUGCCCCAGUUUGUAUCUCCUACUCCUCCUUUGUCUGCUGCUGUAGAGGUUCCCGGCGGUGUGUCACAGAGCACAUCUCAGCCUAAUAUGAUUCGUGAGGAAACUGUUACGACGUUUCCAGCGAAAGUUCCUCAAACCAAACCUCCUGAUCCGAUAUACGCUCAAGUUGAGGUCAGGAGAAAGGUCCCGAGCAACAUUGUCGCUCCUACCAACACUAGUAAACCUUCUGUUGAAUACGCUGAUAUCAGGUCAAUUCAGCCUGCUGCAGAUAAACCUGCUGUAGAUAGAUCCAACAAACCAAAAGAAGCUCUUAUCCAGUCAGUUCAGCCUGCAGCUAGACCUAACAGAGCACCAGUGGACCUUACAAAACCUCCAGCUUACAUAACUCAACCUCAAACCAAUACUAACCAACCCCAACCAGUACAUCUCUCACAACCACAGAAUCCAUCUCAGCAACCACAACAACCACAACAACCACAACCACCGCUUUUUACACCCAAACAUCAAGCUCAGCAACCAAGACCUUCACCACAACCUCAACCACCACAACCACGCCCUUCACAACCUCAACCACAACAACCAAGACCUUCACAACCCCAGCAACCACGCCCUUCACAACCACAACAACCACGCCCACAAUCCACUCAAUCCCCACGACCAGCACCACAAUCACCACCAGCUCGCCCUCAAAACAGUCAGCCAUCUGCUCCAGUAAAGAAUCCCACUGUGAACAGAGUGGUAAAACCGCUAUCAGCCAGAGCUCUUGAAGAGAAGAACAUGAGAAUGAUGCCCGCCUUUGGCUCUGUUCAAAUGGGAACAUGUGGUUUAAAGAAUAUUGGUAACACGUGUUUUAUGAACGCAGUCCUACAAUGUUUAUCUUCCAUUGCUCCUCUUACGCAGUACUUUGUAUCUGGAAGAUACAAGCACGAAAUCAAUCCAGACAAUCCGCUGGGAACAAAGGGGCUGGUAGCUGAGGAGUAUGCGUUUCUGGUUAAAGCCAUGUGGUCGGAUAGGUUCAGACAUCUUGCACCAAAGGACUGGAAGGAGGCUAUUGGACGGUUCAGACCGCAGUUUCUAGAUUAUAGCCAGAAGGAUAGUCAGGAGUUUACUAGUUUUAUGUUGGAUGCUUUACACGAGGAUCUCAACAGGGUCUUGCCAGCGGAACGAAAGAGGCAGCCAGAGAUAGACUUCUCAAAGAUGACUUACAAAGAGGGUGGAAAUGCAGCAUGGGAAUGCUACACAGCACGGAAUAACAGCGUCAUUGUGGACCUGUUUCAGGGACAAUUCAGGAACAUUACACGGUGUCUGCGGUGUGGCUACGAGUCUGUUACAUUUGAUACCUUCAUGUACCUCACAGUGCCAGUAGGUAAAUCUCGCACCAAUCUGGCGAGCUGUAUUGAGAACUUUUGUCAGACAGAGAAGAUAGAAUGGCGGUGUGACAAAUGUCACGUGAUGGGAGACGCAACUAAGGACAUCACUAUCUGGAGGCUACCUACCAUUCUGGUGGUCAUUCUUAAGAGAUUCAGCUACACGGGCAUGUGGCGGGACAAGAUCACCACUUUUGUGGACUUCCCAAUAACCAACUUUAGAGCAGUGGUAGGGGAAGUUAACUGGGUCUCUAACAAGGAGGAAGGUAGGAUCUACAGACUGUUUGGAGUGACAAAUCACACAGGAACUCUGAAGGGUGGCCACUAUAUCGGGUGUGCUCGGAAUCCACUGUCAGGUGAUUGGUUUACAUAUGAUGAUCACGUCAUAAGACCAAUGAAAGCAGAUCAGACGAGGAAGAAGGAAGCUUAUCUUCUAUUUUACACGAGUGUCAAUGAAAGAGAUGAUAUCAGGCAACUCAACUUUAAAGGAUAAUCAGCUAAAAGCUCAGCUCUUGUGAGAACAAACUAUUUGAUUUGCUUUGUUACCUCUAGCGGGAAAAAUAAUUUGAUAUGCCAUGCCG